AAAUCGACUUCAAUUGGUCUACAAUCGGUUUUGGGGGCAGGCGUGGUUGGGGUGAAGGUGGAAAGACAAAUUUGAACAAUCUCACGAGAAUGAAGGGAGAUUUGCCGAUUAUUGUUUACAUUCCCCCCCAAAAUGAGGAACCGAACCGAUCCAGAUUCAACUGAAAUGAUCGGAACAACACAACUUCGGUAACAGAUUGUUUGCUAGGGCGAGGAAGGUGAAGCCGAACACCAACUUUGUUCUGAUUGAGUACAGAAUUAGACCGAACAUAUCAAAUCGGAGGACAAAAUUAAAACACAAUAAAGGCCACAUUGUUGGAUCAUAUUCGCGAUGAAAAGGGCAAGUGAUGGUCAUUGUUCGGGAUAAAUACCCCGAAAGAGGCAUGGUACGGCCCUUGAUGAAAGGAAUGUGAACCUGGGGAUACCCGUGUAGGGAGUGCGGAAAGGCGGGUUCGGGAUACCCCAGGACUCCUAGGCCGAGAAGGGAACUAUCCGUCGUUAUUGGGGGGCCAAGCAGACGCUCGUCUCCUAACGGGUAACAAAUCAACACCGAAGAACGGGGAUUUGGAUGAGGCCUCGUUUGGCAGUGUCGAGGUAGGGAGACAAGAAUCUUGGACAAAACAAAGAUUGGACCCGUGGAAAAUAUCAUUACAACAGCCAUGAUGGAGGAACUGCACAGCCUGGACCCGCGACGCCAGGAGCUGCUGGAGGCUCGCUUCACCGGGGUCGGCGUGGCUAAGGGUUCAGGCCACAAUGAGUCAUCCAAUCAGAGCCUGUGCAGCGUGGGCUCUCUCAGUGACAAAGAGCUGGAGACCCCAGAGAAAAAGCCCAACGACCAGAGAACGAGGAAGAGGAAAGCAGAGCUGUACGACAGCAGCCAAGGGAAAGGAGGAGCAAGAGGACAGAAAAUUAGUGAUUAUUUUGAGUUUGCGGGUGGUAGCGGUCCUGGUACCAGUCCUGCCAGGAGUCUCCCUCCAGUUGUCCGCUCCUCCCCACAACAUCACUCCCUCUCCAACCCCCCAGGCAUGAUGCAGCAGGGCAGCCCGUCCUCUAUGGGUUCAGCCAACACAGAGCACUCAUCCUGUUCCCUAAAGCCUGUCUCCCUCUACAUGAACCACAAAGCCACACAGUCUGACCUGACAGUAGAGAAGUUAACAGCUAUGGAGAACAACAAGAUCUCUGACCUGGAGAAGAAGGAGGGGAGGAUAGAUGACUUACUGCGGGCGAACUGUGACCUUCGAAGGCAGUUGGAUGAGCAGCAGAGGAUGCUGGAGCGGUACAAAGAACGCUUGAACAAAUGUGUGACCAUGAGCAAGAAGCUGCUGAUUGAGAAAUCGAAGCAGGAGAAGAUGGCGUGUCGCGACAAGAGCAUGCAGGACCGUCUACGUCUGGGUCACUUCACCACCGUCCGACAUGGUGCCUCAUUCACAGAACAGUGGACCGACGGAUAUGCCUUUCAGAACCUUAUCAAGCAACAGGAGAGGAUCAACUCCCAGCGAGAGGACAUAGAGCGACAGAGGAAGGCCCUGGCCAAGAGGAAACCGCCCUCAAUGGCCCAGACCCCGCCCCUUAGCCUGGAGCAGAACAAACGCAAGAGCAAGGCCAACGGAGCCGAGAGCGAAGCGUUAUCGCAGGCCGAGUAUCACGAGCAAGAGGAGAUUUUCAAACUAAGACUGGGCCAUCUCAAGAAGGAGGAGGCAGAGAUCCAGGCGGAGCUGGAGAGGUUGGAGCGAGUACGGAACCUGCACAUCCGCGAGCUCAAGAGGAUCCACAACGAGGAUAACUCCACGUUCAAAGACCACCCUACGCUAAAUGAUCGGUACCUACUGCUCUACUUACUAGGCCGAGGUGGCUUCAGUGAAGUUUACAAGGCCUUUGACCUAACGGAGCAGAGAUACGUCGCAGUCAAAAUCCACCAGUUGAAUAAGAACUGGAGGGAUGAGAAGAAGGAGAACUACCACAAACACGCAUGUCGAGAGUAUAGAAUCCAUAAGGAGCUGGACCACCCACGGAUAGUCAAACUCUACGACUACUUUUCACUCGACACAGACUCGUUCUGUACGGUUCUAGAGUACUGUGAGGGGAACGACCUGGAUUUCUACCUGAAGCAGCACAAGCUGAUGUCGGAGAAGGAGGGCCGCUCCAUCAUCAUGCAGAUGGUCAACGCCCUCAAGUACCUCAACGAGAUCCGCCCACCCAUCAUCCACUACGACCUCAAACCUGGCAACAUCCUCCUGGUGAAUGGCACAGCCUGUGGGGAGAUCAAAAUCACCGACUUCGGCCUGUCCAAGAUCAUGGACGACGACAGCUACAACUCAGUGGAUGGGAUGGAGCUGACCUCGCAGGGUGCAGGGACCUACUGGUACCUUCCCCCUGAAUGCUUUGUGGUGGGUAAAGAGCCUCCUAAAAUCUCCAACAAGGUGGACGUGUGGUCAGUGGGAGUCAUCUUCUACCAGGCUCUGUACGGACGCAAGCCCUUUGGCCAUAACCAGUCUCAACAGGACAUCCUGCAGGAGAACACCAUACUGAAGGCAACAGAGGUUCAGUUUCCCCCCAAACCAGUAGUCACCCCAGAAGCUAAGGCCUUCAUAAGGCGCUGUCUGGUCUACCGGAAGGAGGACCGUAUCGAUGUGCACCAGCUAGCCAGUGACCCCUUCCUCAUGCCUCACAUCCGCAAGUCUGUGGCCACGUCCGGGGCCUCUGGCACGGCUAUACCUUCCACCUCCAGCUCCUCCAACAGCAGCGCCUCAAACUGAGCCUUCACUAUCUAUCUCACUACGAACUGACUGACCUAAGUGGAAGGUGGAGGUGGGGGUGGGGGUGGCUGCCUGAUUCAGCCCCCUCAUCACUUCCCAUCCUGUUAUGUCCCACCUUGGGCUCAGCACCCCAGGGAAACCUCUGGGGUGCAGGCAGGGGGAGCUUGAGGAAUCAUGGAUGAGGUGGAGGGGAGAGAGGUGGGGUAAUCAGUGUUCCAACUGAAACCUGGAGCCCUCCAUGUCCACCCACCCAGCUUCCCUGUCUCUCCCUCCUCUGAGGGGUGGUGUUGUUCUGGGGGUCAAAGCCCUAGGGUCCCCCCACAGUGUGGAGGGGGACAUGGCACUGAGCUGAGGAGAAAUGGGAAAAUUCAACAAUUUUAAGGUUAAAAGAAUGGAACAGGGCUGCAUUAGCUUUGAGAAAUGGAAGGGACUGUUGGAAGACUCUGUUUUCCAUCUCAUACACACACACACCCACCCACCCACCAUGCCUCGGGAGUCGUCCCAGAUGCUCUGGGUUCUCCUUUUGAUAAAUGCUUUGGUUGUCAUCCAACCCCCUCCCCUGACUGACAGUACCAGUCUAGCCUGCCUUUAGACUGGACCUGAACAAGACCUAUGGCGUUCAUUAAUUUAAGCCACUCUCCUGGGUCCAGGUAGUUCUUGAAGGGAGGCAUACCGACCCCCCCCCCUGUCUGUUUUAAAUCCUGUGACCAAAGCUUAAGACUUCCAGAUGGUGGCACUGUUCCGCUGCAGUUUUUAUAUUGGUUCUAGUUGUUACAUGAUAUAUAACGUGGAAAACUAAUGAAUGGUCCCUUUUUUAAAGAAUUGUUACUUACAUUUUCUCAAUUUUAAGGAAAAAAAAUCAAUUGGUGGUUUUUAAAUUUCUCUUUCGGUUUUUUUUGUUGCCCUAUUCUCGUUUUAGUAAUUCUCUUCAUAAAAACAUAUUUAUUUAGGUCUGUUUUAAUGAAUUCUUUGCCAAUAAAAUGCAAGGGACUGGUUUACUCAUUGUACUGUUGGGAGGAGAUUGGGCCUUAGCAGAGAAUUGCAUAACCCAUUAAAUACUAUUGGUUAAACUGUGCAAUCUGAGUGUUUGUGGGGGUGUUAGUUCUGGUUGGGUUGUUUACUCUCCGAAGGCUCGGCAAGCUCAUUUCUCUACAUCAACAACACAAAGCACACUUAUGUAAUAUUUAUUAUCUGUAACCUGAAGGUUGCAGAGGAAAAUGGAAACCAGGAAGACCCAGGAACAGCUGGAGAAGGUCUAUCGAGGAAGAACUAAAAUAAUCAAGAAAAUCUUUGAAAGGGCGGCAGGUAGCCCAGCGGUUAAGAGCUUUAGGCCAGUAACCAAAAGGCCGCUGGUUCAAAUCCCAGAGCUGACCACGUGAGAAAUCUGUCAACGUGCCCUUGAGCAAGGCACUUAACCCUCGUUUCUCCUGUAAGUUGUUCUGGAUAAGAGCAUCAGCUAAAUGACAAAAAUAACAAAGUGGGGGGAACCAAACCUGAUGGAGAAGUUUGAAUAACCUAAAGACAGGUUGGCUGACCACCAUGAGAGUGUGGACGUAUCGAUGAGGCAGAAGGCCAUGUGGUGGUAUGAUUCAAAUAGCUAACAACCAUGUGGGGAAUCGUUUUACCUUGUUCAUAGUGUGUUGAGGUCUUUUGACUAAUGUCUAUGCUAAUAUGGCUCAUAUUCGCUAGCUAACCAACAACUGUAAUGAUGUAUUUGAGAGACAAGUGCUCCUUGUGCAAAUGUAUUUGUUUUCAAUAAACAUUUUGAGACAAAAUGUA